AUGGCGCCGAGCUCGGGAGCUUACCCUCAACGUCUCAAACACCUAUUCCUUCAGGCCGCUGCUCCAGAGACUCCAGAGCUCCUGUCAUGGUGUCCGAUCAAUGGCUUUGACAAGCUCCCUCCCGGUCGAGAGCACCUUAACCUCCAGUCUGAGACAGAGGACGUCGACGCACUGCUUGGGUCUGGCUACGCCGGCAAGAGUCUUCCCGAAUCACUGCGGUUGUUUUGUGAUGUCCAGAAGGAACGUGACCGAUCUCUUGAGGAGGAAGACCAAGAGACAGACGACAGAAAUCUUCGAGCCAUCGAGGCGCUCAUGACACAGCUUCCGCUUCGUGAGAUUGAAAACAUGAACCGAUAG